AUGGAGGAGCAGACGGCCGCGCUGCUCGCGGCGCUGAAGAAGCCGUCGACCAACGUCGACAAACGCCUGGAGCUGUUCGGCAGCCUCAAAUCCAGUAUCAAGCACCAGCGCGUGCCCGAAAGCUGCCAGCCCGCAGUCCUCGAAUGCAUCCGCAUCGCCGUCAGCGCGCAGACGUCGGCACAGCUCGUCACGGCCGGCUUCUCGACGCUCAGCCAUCUGACUAAGCGGCUGGUGCUGCAGAACGAGACGCCCGCGCUGGCCGCCGCCGCCGGGUCGCUGUGCCCGCUGCUGCUGGACCACCUGGGCAAUGCGCGCGAAGCCCACCGCAGCGCCGCGUCGGUUCUGCUGGCCGAGCUGCACGAGUGCUGGCAUCCCGACAUCGACGAGGGCAUCCACGCCGCCAUCAACGGGUCCAACCCGCGCGCGCGCGAAACGGCCAUGACCUGGGUCGUCAAGAUGAACAAGGCCCACGGCCUGCCCUUUAAGAGCUACGUCACUCCGCUGGUCGCAAACCUGGAGGACGCCGACCCCGAGGUGCGCAACGUCGCCAAGACGGCCAUUGUGGCCCUGUUCCAGACCGCCCCCGCCGGCGCCCAGGUCAACCUGAAGAAGCAGCUGGCCGCUCACGGCGUGCGCAAGGCGACCGUGACCUUCAUCACCGCUCAGCUGGACGACGCCGCCCUGGACGACGACCACGCCGAGCCCGCCCCAGCCCCCGCCGCCGCCCCGGUCCGCGAGCGCGCCCUGCCCACCGCGAGGGCAAAGGCGCAGCCGUCCGACGCCGCCUUUGCCGACAGCCUGGCCGUCGAGCAGCCGCCGCCCGCCGAGACCGUCUCCAUGGAGCCCAUCCACAUCUACACGCUGCGCGAGCUGGAAGACAUGUUCCGCGACAUGGCCCCGCCGUUCGAGGGCCGUGAGAGCGAACAGAACUGGAUCGGCCGCGACAAGAACACACUGAAGCUGCGCCGCAUCCUCAAGGGCAAUGCCCCGACCGAAUUCCACGCCGCCUUCAUGGUCGGCGUCAAGUCACUGCUGGACGGCGUCCUCAAGGUCGCCAACAGCCUGCGCACCACCAUGUCCACCAACGGCUGCCAGUUCGUGCAGGAGCUGGCCAUUACCAUUGGCCCGGCCAUCGACCCUUGGGUCGAGAUCCUGCUGCAGUCCUUCAUCAAGAUGUGCGCCGCCACCAAGAAUAUCGCCGCUCAGAACGGAAACGUGACGGUCGACGCCCUUCUCUCCAACGUCUCGUACAACAACCGCAUCCUGCAGCAUGUCCAGUUCGCCUCGCAGGACAAGAACGUCCAGCCCCGUUGCUUCUCUGCCGGCUGGGUGAAGACGCUCAUCCGCAAGCACAAAUCGCACAUCGAACACUCGGGAGCACUGGACAGCUUCGACAAGAUUCUGAAAAAGGGCCUGACAGACGCUAACCCCAAGGUGCGCGAAGCCUAUCGAAGCACCUACUGGACCUUUUCUCUGAUUUGGGCUCAAAGGGCCAACGCUAUGUAUGAGACCCUCGAGAAGCGAGAGAAGACAGGUCUUGAUAGGGAUCCGAACAAUCCUAAUCCCUCCUCGCUCGCGUCUUCGCAGACCAGUAUGACAUCAUCGUUCUCGAAGUCCAUCGGCCCAAGUGCUGCACGGACAAGCCUAAAGGAAAAGAUCGCAGAGCAACGAAGGGCGAAGUUGGCAGCCUCUAAGGGUGCUAUCGAUCGACCUAGUUCUGCUGCAGCAAGUUACGAGACUCCAAGGUCGCUAUCGACUAAAUCGUUGGGCGCAGGUGCGAGGACUACGUCUAACACUCCUGCGGCGUCCAAUGCUCCUGCCCGACCACCUUCGGCCAUGUCUGGCGAGUCUACAAAGUCGGCUCUCAAAAGUUCAACCGGGACAGGUUCACUAAUGAGUGGUACAGUACGGCGGCCGAUUCGUCGUCCUGAGUUAAAUAGGCCCAAAACAGCAGACCCUUACGCGGCGCGACAGACCAAAAUCGCUCCAUCAACUAUCACAAGUCCAGAGAGAACGCCGGCCGUGAAGUCAUUAAAGAAAUCUGUCGGUCCCCCAACCUCAAGCGCAGCUCGAUCGCGGCCACAAACGCAGCACAGCCCUGCUGCCAGCCCCAUGCGUAGCAAGUCGAGGGUCGACACUGGGCGUGCCAUAGGUCACAGAAAAAAUCCAAGUAUGGGCUCACCAAGAGCGAGUCCGGCAGCCAGCCCCCACAAAGACGAGGAUUUGACCAUGGUCAAGCCAUUCAUACGGUCUCAAAGUCAUCAUGACGGCACUGCGCCAUUUCGACAAAGAAACGGUAUGGAUGCACGUGCCUCGAUCGAUAGCAAUGCAAUCGAUAUAGAUGAGGACAACUUCACAAUGGUAGUGCCUAAUCUUGCGCGGCCAACGACACAAAGAGUGCAGAGCACGCCUCCCAAGCAUAGCCCUUUUGGAGGUCGAUUAUCGGUACCAGGUCCACGAGCGGCUGCGGCGCUGAGCCCAAGCGCGUUGCCCGCGCAAAGUCCACAACAGAAGUCACAAGAACGGGCUGCACCAGAGGAAGUCGAGGUAUACGAAGACCCGGUCGCGGGUGACGAGCCAUUGACUGCAGAUCAAGAGGUGGACACGCCCGUGCUCGGGGAGCUUCCCAUCAACGAGAGGAGCAAUGAGCGGCAACCCAGUAUCGACAGCAACAGCGACAAUGUUAUGAUGGAGACCAGCACGGAGGAACAUAAUCGAGGCCACCACAAGACUACAAGUAUGGGCAGUGUGAUGCACACUGAGAACAACGAUGCAAACAGCCCCGAGACUCUGAAGAACAGGCAACUGCUUGCCAGUGCCAUCAAGAAGAUUGAUGGACGUACUGUUGAUGCUGGUAUGUUCCGCAAAAUCCAGGAUGCGAUCAAGUCCGGCCAGGAGAUCUGGGGUACAAACGAUGAGGUGUUCGGCAGACUACUCGUCGCGUGCCUUGACUAUUUCCAAACCCCGACCGAAGAGCUCAAACUCACUGCCAUGAAGGCUAGCUCUUGCAAGAGCCAGGCUCUCGCAACAAUACGUGCGAUGCUCUCUCUGUACCGCAAGGAGACGGCCAAGUACUUCUCACGAGUUCUCUGCACUAUUUUGCAGGCCAAAGCCCAGCACGAGAACACUUCGCACAUUGCAGGCGACAUGGAAGCCACAGCGAACGAGAUCGUCCGUUAUGGCCAAGUCUCGGACUGCCUUAACGCCGUGCUUUCCCUUUUCGAAGAUAUGCCCGCUUCAACACCCACUUCCUCUCCCAACUCCAAGCCAUCAUCUCUAUCCACCUCUGCAACAAACAACACGCGCACCAUGACGAUGUCUCUGCGUACCCUAGCUAGCCUUGUCGAGAUUUCAGGCAGCAAGAGCGUCAUUCUCACCCAAGAGCAGACACACCGCUUAGGCAAGCUGGCGGUCAGGUGCAUGGAGGACCAGGAUCCGGAUAUCAGGAAAGCGAACAUCGACUUGUGCGUUGCACUACACGAGCGGAUCGUCGGGCCCGGUGGCGAGACAAAAGCAUUUUGGGAGGCUGUCGCUGGUGCUGGAGAGCAGCAGCUCAAUCUUCUCACAUACUACCUUGCGAAAAAACAGAAGGCUUAG